CUCCCAUUGGUCAGGAUAAGCAAUGCACCUGGCUUGUGUGUGCUCCCCAUUUGCUGAUGUCAGUAGCUAUAUAUUAAGGGCAGAGUGAAGGGUGUAUUGUAUGGUGCUUGGAUUGGUGAGUAGAGAUUCAGCUAGGAAGAAAGUUGCAUCUAACUAGAAGAUGUCUGACGAGAGCCAAACAACUACUCCUGCCCCUGCCCCAGACAGCAAGGAGCAGCAGACCACAGCGAGUCAAGUGGCUGGUCUACCUUUGUUCAAGUCCACUUAUGACAUGGUGUUGUCUGCCCUGACUUCUGCCAAAGAAACCCAGCCAUUAAUCAGAUCUGUGUGCGAGGCAGCAGAGAAAGUGACUGCCAUGGCUGAUGAAGCUGUCACUAGUGCACAGCCGACUCUAACUGAUCUGGAGCCUCAGAUUGCAAUUGCAAAUGAGGGUGGUUGCAAGGGCCUGGAGAAACUGGAGGAGAAGCUGCCAGUCCAAGAGCCAGCGGAUCAGGAUCUCUUGGACACCAAAGAGCUGGUGUCCUCCAAAGAGGUGGAUGCUGUGAGCAGCAGAAUGACUGAGGUGGUAGAUGUAACCAAGGAGACUCUUCAGGGCAGCAUAGAGGCUGCAAAAUCAAUGGUGACCAGUGGCAUGAGCACAGUCAUGGGCUCCACAGUGGGUCAAAUGGCUAUGAGUGGAAUGGAAGCUGUGCUGGAGAAAUCUGAGGAUCUGGUGGAUCACUACCUCCCCAUCACAGAUGAGGAACUAGCAAGCUUAGCUGAAUCUGUGGAGGGAGCUGAAGAGUCUGCUGUCCAGCAUCAGGGCUACUUUGUGCGGCUGGGCUCCUUGUCAGCUCAGCUCCGCCAACGUGCCUACCAGCAUUCCUUGGGCAAAGUGAGACAGGCUAAGCAAGGCAUGCAGGAGACCUUCCUACAAUUUCAUGAAGUCCUUGACCUGAUUAACUCUAUCAGGCAGAACGUUGAUCAGAAGCUUCAGGAUGGCCAGCAGAAGCUGCACCAGAUGUGGCUUGACUGGAGCAGCAAGCAGCCAGAAGGAAGUAGUGAUGCAGGCUCUACGGAGCCAAAGCAGGUGGAGUCUCAUACUCUGGCCAUGUCUCAGAGCAUCACUCAGCAGCUGCAGGACACCUGUCAGACCCUGAAGGCCAGCAUCCAGGGCCUCCCUUCCAGCCUACAGGAAAAGGUGCAGCAGGUUCUCAAGAACUUAGAAGAGCUCCACAAUUCCUUCUUUGUUGCCAAGUCUUUCCAGGACCUACCAAGUGUCACCCAGAGCCAGGAGAAGAUAACCAAAGCCCAGGAGUACAUAGAUGAGCUGCUUGAGUAUGUAGAGCACAACACUCCUUUCUCCUGGCUGGUGGGACCCUUCACCCCAUCUGGCAGAGCCUAUGUAACACCACAGGAGGAGCCUGAGAAAGAGGUGGUGGCUCAGAAGGCAGACUAGGGACCAUAUUAUAGCUGUACCUAGCAAGGUCUCUGGAAAGUUCCUAAUGUAUAAAGGGGUAGAGCUUUUGUGGGAGGAGUGGGGACUAACUUCUCUGGCCAGCACUAAUAUCACACCUUGAACCCAGUUGACUGUUUGCAGGUGAAUGCCUUGAGAAAAACUAAUAAAGUAACUAAACUUAUUAGCCAAUGGCUCUUUUCCCAGGAAUACCUUAGACCCAAGAACAGUCUUAUAGCAAUAGACCUUCAAGCCUGUUAAAAGUAAGUCGGCUUUGCACUGAAUAGCUUCCUCUAAUCCUCCUAGAGACCAUGUAUGGCGCAGAAUCUCUAACAAAAAAAUAAAAAUAAAGCAUUGUUUAAAGGC